AUGUGCGGUAUCUCUGCCAAAGCCUCUUCCUCUACUGCCACAAAUUCUUCUUCUCGGAAGUUUUCCCAUCUCCCGGGCUUCAAAUGGUCAAAGGAAGAAGAAGAGGAGCUUUGUAUCUGGAUGCGAAUUCAAAGUCAGCAGAAGAGCUAUCUGCCACUCACGGACCAAGAACAAAAGGAAUUGGACAGCCGUACAGUCUUCGUCGGAAACAUCGAUGUCAACACUACGGCCCGUGAGAUCGAACGGCAUUUUGAUGUUUGUGGGUCUGUCAAAGUUCGAUUCGUCAUCGACCGUAGUACUGGAUUUCAGAAGAACCAUUGCUUCGUGGAGAUCGAGAAUGCCCUUUUCGUCGAGUUCGCUUUCGAUUUGAAUGGAACCACUCUCAACCAUCGUUAUAUCACCGUCCGACCAAAAAAGUCUCAGAAGGCACAAUCCGAAAACCAACCACCACUACGCCACGUGGCACCAGCAAGAGUCUACAACAACAACACCACGAGCCCAUAUCGCAAGGAUAACCGCGGAGUUCUUCUCAAUCGUCAUCCACUGAAUCAAGUCACCAGAUUCAUCCCUUAUUGA